CCUUCGAGGCCUUCGGGUUAGCGAGCCGGCCCCUUAGCGUGGGCCAUUUCCGCGGCACGUGGUUUCCAAGGCCCCCGUUGGGUUUGAGAAAAGUUUAUGGUUCGCAUCAUAGCAGCAGGGUACAGUAUUGCGGGAGGGCCGAAAGAGUCGGAGAUGCUGCAGCCUACCCACUGGAGACCACAGCAGACCUUUUCUGGGCAGUGCUUGUGUCGGAAGACCGUCGUUUUCCCUGACAUUGUAGAUGCACGGUGUGGAAACGCCCGACCACGAGUCACAGGUCACUGUUGCACACCCAGAAAGGAGCGACAUCAAGCCAUUUCCAAUGCCCCGGGGUGUGCUGCUUCUCAGACAGGCACGCGCUCUCAGUCCCCUCACGGUCUCUACUUGGCGUCAUCGUUACCCUAGGCAACAUAUGCAGGCCCGGAGUCCUGUCCCUUUAAGGAAUCCUAGCUACUUGGCCAUUUUGGUUUUGCGCGCCCGCCCGCAGUGACGGCAGAACGAACAUGGCCCAGGCGGCGCGCGUUGCGUGGGUGCUUGGCUCUAGCCGGUGCACGCUGUCUGAGGGGCUGCUCACACGGCCCUGGCAGCCACUGUCCGCACAGAGCCGGGCCGGCUUCACCAGGGCGGCGGCCGGAAGCCAGGGCGCCGCGGUCCGCAAGGGGAGCCCACGGUUGCUGGGGGCGGCGGCGCUGGCCCUGGGCGGCGCGCUCGGGCUGUACCACACCGUGCGGUGGCACCAGCGUUCCCAGGACCUCCGCGCAGAGCACUCGGCUGCGCAGCUGUCCCUGUCCAGCCGCCUGCAGCUGACCCUGUACCAGUACAAGACAUGUCCAUUCUGCAGCAAAGUCCGUGCCUUCCUGGACUUCCACUCCCUACCCUAUCAGGUGGUGGAGGUGAAUCCUGUGAGAAGGACUGAGAUCAAAUUCUCCUCCUACAGGAAGGUGCCCAUCCUGGUGGCCCAGGAAGGAGACAGUUUGCAACAGCUCAAUGACUCCUCAGUCAUCAUUAGUGCCCUCAAAACCUACCUGGUUUCAGGGCAGCCCCUGGAAGAGGUCAUCACUUACUACCCACCCAUGAAGGCCAUGAAUGACCAGGGCAAGGAGGUGACUGAGUUCUGCAACAAGUACUGGCUCAUGCUUGACGAGAAGGAGGCCCAGCAGAUGUACGGCGGGAAGGAAGCCAGGACGGAGGAGAUGAAGUGGCGGCAGUGGGCUGAUGACUGGCUGGUGCAUCUCAUCUCUCCCAACGUGUACCGAACACCUGCUGAGGCCUUGGCUUCCUUCGACUACAUUGUCCGCGAGGGCAAAUUUGGGGCUGUGGAGGCCACCAUGGCCAAGUAUGUGGGUGCAGCUGCCAUGUACCUCAUCAGCAAGCGCCUCAAAAGCAGGCACCACCUGCAGGAUGAUGUACGGGUAGACCUCUAUGAAGCAGCCAAUAAGUGGGUGACAGCCGUGGGUAAAGACCGGCCGUUCAUGGGGGGUCAGAAGCCUAACCUUGCUGACCUGGCAGUGUAUGGCGUGCUGCGAGUGAUGGAGGGUCUGGAGGCCUUUGACGACCUGAUGCAACACUCACACAUCCAGCCCUGGUACCUGCGGAUGGAGCGGGCCAUUGAAGAAACCCCCUCAGUGCAUUGCGUCCCCCCUAGCUGCAAGGACUAGUUGCCUGGGGCACAAGACCUGGACCGCCCCUGGCUAUGCUCAUAGGGGACAGAGUCGUUUUGUCUCUGGUCUACCUAGUUCCCCGUUCUCUACUUCUGAUACUGGACAUUUCUAGGGCCCUUGACGCUGUGGACAAGGCCCAAACUUACAGCUAUUCUGAGGGUAAAGGGUCUGGGGUCACAGAAGACUACCCUCCAACCCCAGUUCCAGAGACCUGGUCUCUUGACAGGGACUUCUUUUCAACUCUACUAGGGCUCAAUCCCUUGUUGACAGGGAUCAGAGCGGGUCCUGCCCUGGACAAGCCCUGGCCACGUGCCUCCUGGUCCAGCUCUCCCCAAGUGCCCUGGGACUGUUGUAUUUGUAAUAAAGGAGACCCCUACUGCUUCCCUCUGGCA